AUGGCGCAACGCUGGGGAGAAUGGAAGUUCUUCAAUGUUGUGGAGUGCUCGCCUAAACGGUCCCUUCGUGCAAUGGGUCUUGCUUUUGCCGCACUGCUUGCGGCCGGUGGUUUGAACAUAGGUUUGCCGGCGGAAGUCGAGGCUGCGGUGCCGACGACAUUCGGAUUACCUGCAGGAACACCGCUACGAGUGCACAACGGGGACCUGACGAUUCGGACACCGGGCACGGUGAUCGAAAAUCUGGAUAUCCGUGGUUUUGUCCGGAUCGAGGCCAGUAAUGUGACGAUCCGCCGGUCCAUCAUCCGCGGACGUAAUCCGGGGCAAAUCAAUGAAUCAUUGAUCGCGGCUUACGGAGACCAUCGAAAUUUCAGGAUCGAGGACACGACACUGCGGCCGUCGACGCUGUCACCGCGACUCGACAUCUCGGGCGUUGUCGACUCGGUGGUGAUUUUCGGGGACAACGUCGAUUUCGGUUACAGCUGGUUACACGACAAUUUGCACUAUUCGCCCUGGCCUAAGCAGUGGGACAACCAAACCCACGACGACAAUGUGCAAAUCGAGGGUGGCAGCAAUAUCUCCGUGCACAACAGUCGUUUGGAGGGUGCGUACAACGCCGCGGCGAUGAUCACGCAGAACUAUGCGCGGGGUGUGAACAUCCAGAUCAACGACAACAUUCUGUCCGGUGGUCAAUGCACGAUCAAUGUCGAUGAAAAGGGAAGGGCGCGAUCGGUC